AUGAAACGUACCCUGGAUGCAGACGAGAAGACACUAGGCUCCCCAGAAAAGAAAGAAUGCAACGAGAGAAACAGAAAGCUGCCCACCAUCAACAGCCUGAAAGCCCCUGUCUCUCCUCCAAGACGACUACCUCGCCCUGAUAAACCACAUCCAACUACACUGUCAGUACCGCAAAGAAUCACAAAUAAAGCUACGACUAGCACGAGCUCAACGCCAAAUUUAGCAGCAAUAGAGGCCGGCCAAGUCGAGGUCAAAGAUCAUCUGAACAUAUUCUCCACACGUCUAGGCCAGUGUAUUCGCCCAUCAACAUCCUCCGACAUGCCUCGUCUUCAAAUAACAGACUGGGCGAAUCUAUACCGCCGCAAUGAAAAUCCUCACGGAAGACAUUUCGUGGUCCAUCAACAUGAUCACCCCAUAUCAGGACCACAUUAUGAUCUCCGACUGCAGUUCUCAGAGGUCAGCUCUGUUAGUUGGUCGGUUAUGUAUGGAUUACCGGGUGAUCCGAAUAGUCGAAGGUUGAAUCGGAAUGCGACAGAGACGAGGGUGCAUUGUUAUUGGAAUCAUCUCAUUGAGACAGCGAGUCCGAAUACGGGAAGUAUGGUUAUCUGGGACACCGGGGAGUAUGAAGUGCUGCCCUAUCAGAUAGAGUCGAGCAUGCCAGAGACAGAUGACUCUCGCUCUGUGAGUUCGGAAAGUGAUGUUCCUGUGCAAGAGCAUAAGAGUGAGAGUGAGAAGCUUAUGGAAGCAUUUCAUAAUAAGCGCAAGAUUCGGCUACGACUGCACGGAACCCGUCUACCUCCGAACUACACAAUCAUCCUACGACAAGACAAAAAUACGCACCAAGCACCACUCCGAAUAUCUCAGAAACGGCGCAGACGCACUCAGCCUCGACUACAGAGUCAACCCACUCUUACCUCUUCCGAUUCCUCUCUCUCACCAUCGCCAUCAUCCAAACAAAUAAACAAAUCAUCAACAACACAAUCCAAUCCGGAGCCUUCAGAAUCCAACACAAAGGCCGACUUAGAUGACGAAAAAGCCGACUACUAUAUUCGCCUUAAUAACGCGUACCCCGGGUCUACAAAUACUAUCGGCUCUAUCCAUCAACGACGAUGGUUCAUCGCGCUGGACCGUGUUAAUUCUGGGUUCGAGUAUGAGCCGGAGAAGAAAUGGUGGGUACAAACGAAGGAUCCAGAUACGGGAGAAUUAAUGGCCUUUAAACCAUUCUAUGUUAGAGGCCCUGAGAUGGAAAGAAGUGUGGUUACGGGGAGGUCAGGGAAAGAUGUGCUUGAGGAUGAAGAAGUGCAAGGGUUUAUACCAAGACGGGGAUGGAGAGCUGUGUUAGAAUAA